GAACAGUUGGAUAUAACUCUGUGAGGAAGAUUUUACAGUAGAUCACCGUCUAUAGUUGAUAAUAAAUAUUCAGAUUUAAUCCAACAUAUCAAGAUGAAGACAUUGCUUUUGUUCUUACUGAGUGUGGCAGUGACUCUGGCGAUGCCUCUACUUGCUCCUGGUGUGGCACAAGAUCCUGAUUUAUCAACAGAAGAGCAGCCCCCCCUAGUGGCAGACUUGGAGCCUGAGCAGGGUCAUGUGGAAGUUCCCGCACCACAGGCAAGACUGGGCUCCCAAAAAUCAUCUGCAGCUCAGGAGGACAUGGAGCAGAUCCAGAAAGAGAAUCUGAAGGAAGUAGAGGUUCAAGUGGAGCCACACGAUAAGGUGGAGCAAGAAAUUGUAGAGGUUGUAGUAAGGCCAGAGGUUAAAGUGCAGCAAACGUUUGUAGCAGAGCCAGAAGUUCAAGAGGAACAAGAGGUAAAGGUGGAGCCAGAAGUUGAAGAACAAGAGGUUAAGGCAGUGCCAGAAGUUAAAAAGGAACAAAACGUUAAGGUGGAGCAAGAGGUUAAAGAGGAACAAGAUGUGAAGGUGGAGCAGGAGGUUAAAGCAGAGCCAGAGGGUGAGCCAGAGCCAAUAGUUAAGGUAGAUCAAGAGCCGAUGCGAGCUGUCUCCGACUUUAAGGAGGAGUCAGAGGUUAAGGUCAAACCAGAUGUUCAACAAGAGCCAGAACUCAGAGAGAACCCGAUGUUUGAUGAGGAGUUUCACGUGCAGAUGAACCUGGAGGCGGAGGCUGAACCGGGCCAGGAGGUUGAAGAGAGGCACAUGGACAUGGAGAGAUAUUAUGAAAUCAUAGAUGAGCAAGUCAUGGAGUCUGAGCCACAGGACGACGUGAGCAUGUUCAGAGAGGAAUUGAGCGAAGCAGAGCUGUACGAGAUGGAGAAGUCUAUGAGGGCAGCUUUUCAGAGCCAAAAUUCUGCUGUUGAACCUCUAUCAGAAGAGGAGCUGCUCGUGAAGAAGCACGUUAAGAUGGAGCAAGAAGUUAAAGAGCAACAAGAUGUGAAAGCGGAGCAGGAGGUUAAAGCAGAGCCAGAGGAUGAGCCAGAGCCACAAGUUAAGGUAGACCAAGAGCCGAUGCGAGCUGACUCCGACUUUAAGGUCGAACCAGAUGUUCAACUAGAGCCAGAACUCAGAGAGAACCCGAUGUUUGAUGAGGAGUUUCACGUGCAGAUGAACCUGGAGGCGGAUGCUGAAGCGGGUCAGGAGGUUGAAGAGAGGCACAUGGACAUGGAGAGAAAUUAUGAAAUCAUAGAUGAGCAAGUCAUGGAGUCUGAGCCACAGGACGACGUGAGCAUGUUCAGAGAGGAAUUGAGCGAAGCAGAGCUGUACGAGAUGGAGAAGUCUAUGAGGGCAGCUUUUCAGAGCCAAAAUUCUGCCAUUGAACCUCUAUCAGAAGAGGAGCUGCUCGUGAAGAAGGAUGAAGAACUAAACAUGGAGCUGGUGCCUGAGAUGAGGAAUGAACCUUUUGAUUAUGAAGAGGCCGUCGUUGAACCUCUUUCAGAAGAGGCGGGACUUGUGACGAUGGACGAGGAACCAGUCAUGGAUCUGGAGCCUGAGAUGAGGAAUGAACCGUUUCAAAGUCAAGAGGCCGUCCCAGAUGCUGCGAUCAUGGACGAGGGGCAGGCAUAGGACUUUAUGUGAAAGCAGAUCUCAUCUUUGGGGAACUGAUUCUCAAAUGAGGAGGCGAGAAUGAAGAUGGAUUCUCUCAUGGAUUCUCUCUGAGGAGGCAGCGGUGCAAG